UGCAGUACAAAGUAAGCGAUGAUGUAUUUCGAUUGCCGAGUGUUUCGGAGCCGUGUAACUGUAACUUGUGUAAGAACACCUUGAUUGGGCUCCCGGCAAUAUCUCUUUUCACUGUCACUUGUAAUUUCAGGGUGACUGUCUUUCCUGUGUGUUUUGAAGUCCAGUGUAAGGUUGGAUCUGUUUUGCCAAUCAGAGUUGACUGACUUAGUUUGCACCGCUCUGUAUUGGCCCGCUGUCCUGCUGUCAACAUGAGGACCUAUCAAGAUGAGCUCAAAUACUUGGAAAAGAUCACAACAAACUGCUGGCAUAUCAAGAAAGGAUUUGUUGAUAACAUGAAGGUUGAUGGCUAUUUCUUCGUCAACGACCACUUGGAAAAGCUGAUGUUUGAUGAGCUGAAGCAGUCAUGCAACAACCGAGGAUUUGGCGGCUUCUUGCCAGGAAUGAAGCAGAUUGCUAAUGUUGCCGCCCUCCCUGGCAUAGUUGGGAAAUCCAUUGGCCUGCCUGAUGUCCACUCUGGUUAUGGAUUUGCUAUUGGUAACAUGGCUGCCUUUGACAUGAGCAACCCGAAAGCGGUUGUGUCCCCUGGCGGAGUGGGCUUCGACAUCAACUGCGGCGUGCGUCUGCUGCGGACGAACCUCCACCGCCGGGACGUUGAGCCGGUCAAAGAGCAGCUGGCCCAGUGCCUGUUUGACCACAUUCCUGUCGGGGUCGGCUCCAAGGGAAUCAUACCCAUGACCGCCCAAAACUUGGAAGAGGCCUUGGAAAUGGGCAUGGACUGGUCACUCAGAGAAGGCUACGCGUGGGCGGAGGACAAGGAGCACUGCGAGGAGUACGGCAGGAUGCUACAGGCCGAUCCGUCCAAGGUCAGCAGCCGGGCCAAGAAAAGGGGCCUUCCGCAGCUGGGUACCCUCGGUGCGGGAAAUCACUACGCAGAAAUCCAAGUGGUGGACGAGAUUUACGACGAGUACGCAGCCAAGAAGAUGGGGAUUGAGUUCAAGGACCAAGUCUGUGUGAUGAUUCACUGUGGCAGUCGCGGCCUGGGCCAUCAAGUGGCCACUGAUGCUCUGGUUGCCAUGGAGAAGGCGAUGAAGCGUGACCAGAUCGAGGUGAACGACCGACAGCUGGCCUGCGCCCACAUCCAGUCUGCCGAGGGCCAGGAUUACCUCAAGGGCAUGGCCUCAGCCGCCAACUACGCGUGGGUCAACCGGUCAAGCAUGACCUUCUUGGGCAGACAGGCUUUUGCGAAGAUGUUCAACACGACCCCUGAUGACCUUGACAUGCAUGUGAUCUACGACGUGUCCCACAACAUUGCCAAGGUGGAAGAACACUUUAUCGACGGCAAACAGAAGACGCUUCUGGUCCAUCGCAAGGGCUCCACUCGUGCCUUCCCUCCGCACCAUCCCCUCAUCCCUGUAGACUAUCAGUUAACGGGCCAGCCGGUGUUGAUCGGAGGAACGAUGGGCACGUGCAGCUACGUCCUGACGGGCACGGAGCAGGGGAUGGUGGAAACGUUCGGGACCACGUGCCACGGCGCGGGCCGGGCUUUGUCGCGCGCGAAGUCUAGGAGAAACCUGGACUACACCGAGGUGCUGGAGGCCCUGGAGCAGAAGGGAAUCAGCAUCCGUGUGGCCUCGCCCAAACUGGUCAUGGAGGAGGCUCCCGAGUCGUACAAGAAUGUCACUGAUGUUGUGGAUACGUGUCACACGGCCGGGAUCAGCAAAAAGGCCAUCAAACUACGACCCAUCGCUGUCAUCAAGGGCUGAUACACGAACACACCGGAGGAAAUGUACGGGAUACGAAGGUGGCUUUCACUCAGCAACGGGAAAAUGUUUGCGGUACAGGAAGUUGCUUUAAAGAAACUGUUUUUCCUGUCCGACUCACUCUCGAGAGUGAAACGCAAGAUCUGAGUACGAGCUCAAUUCUUCUUCCAGAUUUUUUUUCUGGGAUAAAAAAACUAUUGUAAUUUAAACAUAAGCCUCUUUAUGUUUGCGAACUUGUGCAAUCUGUUAGUGUAUGGUUCCCAGAAGUAUGUUGUGAGACUUUCAGCCGACCUCCUUAUGUUCACUUAAACAUGUUUGUUUUUCUUUCAGUCAGCUUCAGUAAGGGUGUUUUGUUUUGAUGGAAAAGUACAUAUCUA